UUCUUCUUUGGGGAGAACGUGUUAGAAGCCAAAGACACUUUUCACUCGUAGGUCUUGUCAGUUACCAACAUGGAUGACGAUUACUUCUACCAUUCACUCCGCGAACUGAGGCUCCAACUCAAUUCCAUGAACAUUCGCACUGCUGCUUUUCUCAACAAACACUCAACUCAAGACACAGUCAACAUGCAACAUCAUACGCUAAACCUACCCCAUGUUCUGCCGCCUUCUGUCCAACUGAACAACAUGCAGUGCUUCCAAGAUCUCUCCGCCAAAAUCGAUACACUCAUAACUCAACACCAUCAACACUUUGAGACACUGCAUGAUCAACUCAAUGCACUCUCUGACAAAGUAGACGAUAUGACUCUUGACACUCCUCGUUACACCCCACCUGAAUCCUCCACUUCAUCCGUGCUAGGAGACCCAACUCUCUCCACGCCUUGUCCUGUUGCACCACCUAUGCCGACUCAAGCUGUCAGCAAGCCAUCUGCAACCAUCGCAGACGUCGGUGGUUAUUUCUUACCAAAUCGCAAGUAUGACCAGCAAAGCGACGACCAGUGUAUCUUGCACGCCUCCGUGUUCGUUGCCAGAGUCAACCGCGCACUUCGCACCAAGUCCAUCGCAAACAUCGAAGCAUUUCUCAAGGGAUCUGCCCUUCGCUGGUUCAACGCCGGACUUUGCCUUGAUGGCUCUCAUGAUUUCGACAACCACAUUGGCGAUCUGAAUCUCGCCAAGUUCUGUGAGUCACUAAUGCUUGUCUUCGGUGCUCCAGAAAGCGCCUCGGCAGACCAUGAUGACCAGCCUCGAAUCUUCGGGCCCUCUUCGAGAAACGACCUUUUGGAUGGCUACAUACUGCCUGCUCUAGAGUCUCGACGUCUGAAGACCACACAUGGCCAGACAGACGUCGGCGUGGGUGAAGCCCUGCGUCAGGCAGUGCAGUGUUUCAACAAGGAUCACAAGGCUCUGAGUGUAGACCCAAACAUCAUCGGAAAUGAAGACCUGUCCGUUGAAGUGGCACGACUUCGCCACAAGGAUAUCGAAAACAGGCGUGAACACAACUCUCUAAGAAUGCGACAGCUCCCUCAGGUAUCGAAGCCCAUCAAGAUACAAUUAGAUGACCCUUACAAAUCAUCUCCGAGCCAUGCAAAGACUCAAGAGCGACCGGUGUUUCCACCUGGCAGUAAGCUCGACCAUGAACAGCUAGCAGCAACACCGGAGGAGCCACAGAACACUGACAACAAGAAGUUUUCGUUCAAGAAGCUUUCGUUCAACCGCGUCAGCGGCAAGCCCACCACAUUGCCGCAUCAUAAUGCCCCCGCGAUUGAACUCGAUGUACGCAACGACUUGACUCCUGUCACUCCAUGGCAGAUGAGUACGAUGUUCGCUCCUGACCCUUUGCCACGUUCUCCUCCAGGAGCCGCGCAGAGUGCAUCCAUCAUGAACGGCUCACAGGGAGACUUCUCGAAGGUCGAUAAUCAUACCUAUCACGGACAUCCUCCUUGCGUGUCUUACAGCGGACGAGGUCCAAUCUCACCAGCAAAGUCUACCAAGAGGGACUGCACGACUUCUACAACUGCCUCGCUCUACAAGGUGCCAGCUGUACGCCAUAGGGCGAUCGAUGCUUCAUCUGAGGACGACUCCUCUCUUUACAAGGUGUCGGCUGUGCGCGCUCGAGUGAUCGAUGCUUCGACUGAGGACGACUUUUUUGAAGGCGACGCGACCAGUUUCGUCUCCUUCACUCCCGGUCUAAGUCGCAAACCCACGCUCUCCAUUCCAGAACCCCCAAAAACUGACCGCACAGACGGCACCUUCUGGGCCAGGGAAGCCGCAGCUGCAAAGGCCGAGAACGAAGGAGUGACACCCGAACGCAACCACCACAACCCUUACUUUGGCGAUCUCUAUGGUACGAUGUUAUGGCACAAGGCGAACGCCGAGGGAAUGACCAUGGAUGAGGCAGAGAAAGAGAGCAUCGCUGUUCAACAAAGACAACAGCAGCUUAUGCAGAAACGACAGCAGCAGGCGAAUCAAGAGGCAAGAACAAAGCUCUUGGCCGCACUCCACCCGAGCCACCCUGCAAGAGAGGCAUACUAGAUGUUAAUGGACAUUACGAGACUCAUGGAAUUUCUCUCCGGCUGCUCGACGAAAGAUGAAGCAGGCAGCUUGAGAAACGACAUGGCGACCCAAGAAGUCGCUGCCCUCAGCUAACCGACACCGCUGAAAGGGCAAGACAGGGACCUAAGAGCUGUAAACAAGAUAGUAAUGCAUCAUCCCAGUCAAAAAGUCCUAUGACCCAAUGCAUGUCCCAAACAUGACGUGACACUGACG